AUGCUGAAGGAGUAUAAGGAUGGGAAUAUUCUCACCCUAAGUGUAAGAAACUUUCAGACAUUCACAAGCCAGCAAUUUAGGUUUGGUCCAUCUCUAAACUUGAUAGCUGCUCCCAACGGCUCUGGGAAAAGCUCCAUUGCAAAUGCUAUCGCUCUUGCAUUCAAUGGAUCUCCAAGGACAAUAGGAAAGUCGAAGGACAUAGUCGAAUACAUAAAAUUUGGGUGUCAGGAAGCAGAAAUAUGUGUUGAGGUCUGGUUUAAAGAGAAGAUAGUGAAGCUGAGUAGGAGGAUUACUCCAAACCAUAGCUACUACUACAUAAAUGGGGAACUGACGGCCCAGAAGAGGUACUUUGAGCUUCUGAAGGAGAUGAGCAUAGAUGUAAACAAUCUUUGUACAUUUCUACCUCAGGAAAGGGUGGGUGAGUUCUGCAAGAUGGAGCCCAAGGAACUUCUGGAAGAGGUAAUAAAGAAUACCCAUAUUGACAUGUCUGUGGUCAGGGAUUUAUAUGAUAGGAGAGCUAAGGUUGAGGAGGCGCUUCACUUAAACGAAGAGAAGAAGAAAAUGGUUGAAGAUAGAUUGAAUGUAUUGGAAUCUGACAUGAAAGAAGUAAGGGGGCACGAGGAAAAUACAUUGAAACUAGCGCGACUCGAAUACAAAAAAGACUGUAUCAAUUUUGAAUAUUUGAAGCACAAAUUUACUGCUCUGAAAAAGGAAUAUAGGGAAGUCAAGGAAAAAAUCGAAGAGUCUGAAAGAUCCAUUUCAGAAUUCCAAGAAAAAAUUGCUUUGUGUGAAUCCAAUCCAGCUUUUACUGAGUAUAAGAAGAGUGUUGAUAUUCUUCUAGCUCAGAAUGAGCAGCUAAGAGGUCAGGGGGAGAAUCUUAGAUCAAAACUUGAAAAGCUAGAAAUGCUUCACUCUGACGAGGAGAAGAUAAGGAAGAAAAUGGCACAAGGCCAAUCUGAAUUUAUUGAACGACAAAAGGAGCACACUCGGACCAAGACUGAGUAUGAAAACGCCAGUGAAGAAUUCUAUAAGGAAAUCAGGCAGUUCAAAAAUAAAAUUGUUCAAACGUGCUCUAGGCCUGAGCUUGGAGGGCUAUUAAUCUUAAAUGGCAGCAUAGCUCUUUCUGAAAUAACAUCCUUGGAGGACUUGGAUUCACUUAUUCCAUCCCUGGGAAGAAUUGAUGAUAAAAUCCAGGAAUGCAACUUUGAACUUUCAAGAAUUCAGAAUACCUCCCAGGAGAUUCAAAGAAAGAUCGAGGAUUUAGAAAGACAGAAGCAGAUACAUUCAGGACAAGAUUCGUUAAGGAUGGAUAUGCUUAGAAGGUAUGACAGUGAUACUUACAAAGGAGUGAUAUGGCUAAGGAAUAAUAAACAUGUGUUCAGAGAUGAGGUUCUAGAGCCACUUUAUCUGCAUCUAGAAGUAGACAAGAACUAUCAGCAAUAUGUUGAGUCGUUCCUUGGAUUUCAGGCACUUUCCUCCUUUAUUGCAAAGAAUGACCAAGAUUUCUCUCUUCUAACAGGUGUCCUUAAGGAUAAGCAGAAUCUGUCAGUCAAUGUAGCUAUGCACAGCCAAUCCAAAAUACAGGGAAUUUCAAGAGCAGACAUACAGAAGUACAAUCUUGAUGGUGUUCUUAGUGACUUCAUUCAGUGCAGACAGGAGUAUAGGGAUUUUCUAAAUAACUAUGGACAUUUCAACACCAUUCCUGUCUCUACGAAAGAGAUCAACGAGGAGGACAUAUAUUUUAAUCUUCCGGAAUGUAAGAGAAUGGCGUUGGGAAAUAGGUAUUCUGAGAUCAAGAAAAGUAGGUAUGGAGAUGAUUAUGUGAUAAUUACAAACCGGCUGGUCCAGAAAGGACUGUUCAACUUUCCAAAAAUUGAUGUCAAUGGCAUAGAUGCAGAGAUGGGAGUUUUACAAAAGGAGCGGGAGAAGAACAAAAUACGGGUAGAGAGGAUACUAGAGCAAAAGAAUGAGUUGAAUGAAAAGAAAGUCUUUUUAAAGAAGGAGUUUGACACAUCAGCUGUUACCAAAGCAUCGUUCAACAUGAAAAGACUAAUGAGGAAUCUGGAAUUUUGUGAGAAUCAACUGAAGGAAUUUAGCACGGCCAAAUAUGAUGAAAAGCUCAAGAUUGCCGAGCAAGAAAUUAAAAAGACAUACCGAGAUAUUAAAGCAAUCCAAUGCAGACUUGAGGAAGUUUUGGAUAUUGAAAAUAUUCCAAAGAUUGAUGUUGAAGCAGUGAGGGAACUUAGGCUUGACAUUGACAAUUAUAUAAGACAGCUGCAGUACUUCGCGUACUCAAAGAGUAUGGAAGAGGAAAAAAUCAAAACAAUUGAAAGAGGCAAGGAAACUACCAAGGCCGAAGUGAGAAGUCUUAAGGAAAAGCUGGAUUCGUAUUCCGAGAUGGGUACUCUUGAAGGGCUGCCUGAGACAAUUGAUGAGAUUGAAGAUCAGAUCAGUUUUCUCCAUGCCAAGCUAAAGAUAAACAAAGGACAGGAUGGUGUUAAGGAGGAUUAUCGGAAGAAACAAGGUCUUCUUGAGCGCAUUUCAAACGACAUGACUGAUUUAAAUGCAGACAAGGCCGAGUUAGACAGGCUGUACCAUAAAGAAAAGAAAAGAUUGGUUGAAGAAAUCAACCUUAGACUUGCUCCUGUAAAUAGGACUUUUAUGCAGAUGUUUGAGAGGUUCGAUUGUUCAGGAAAAUUAGAGCUAGAUAGCAGAGGGAUUGGGAGUUGA